AUGGCGAUACGACAGCACGAGAUCUUGGAACGGCAGCGGCAACCGGAGAACAUUCAGUCGGAUUUUGCCGUACUUGGCGACCCUGAAUCGGCUGCGGCUGCAGGUUGCGGAAUCUGGGAGGAUCCAGCUGGACAGGGUCUUUCAGGCAUCCCCAAGUCGACCGACUGGACCUUCUCGACCCAGGACCUCCUGCCCGUCAUGGUCGCGCGACUCCAGGAUACACCCAACGUUGUUACCCGUCUCGAGAUCUACCACAAGGACAGAGCUCCUACCUGA